AUGCCACCCCCAGGUGCAAAGCCUUGUCCCAAUGCUCUGCAGUCGUCGUUACUGGACUUCGACGAAGCUACGCAGACUCAGACUCAGGCCCAUCCCCUCAUCUACAUCCAGGUCAGCGACGCCGAGCGCUUUCUCUCGCCGAUCCUGCCGGGCCACGAGGCGUACAGCGCGCACAUGGCCGGCACCUACAGAGUUCCCGGUGGUGGGUUGAACUCGCAGGCUGGGACAAUCGAAGUCAUUGAUACCCUGCUCAGCAAAUACGUCACGGCCAGUGGCUUGAAGGACAUUGAACAAGCGACGGCUGAGGUCAAGAAGGCCGCGAACGACCUGAAGGGACGGGGGCUUUUUGAGCUCGACAAUUGGUCGAUCCGUUCCCACGGCCGGAAUGGGAAGAAUCUGAGACCUGCCCCACGAAAGGAUCUAGAUCGCGAACAGAGCGUGCUGCGAGUUCCAAGCAGCAGAAGCUGCUCAUCUGUCCAGGGCGAGGAGGACAUCAAGAAGGCCAUGCGGCUUGGUAAGAAGGGCGAGCGCAUCUGCUGA